AGGAAAUUAUAAUGCCUAAAUUGAAUUUUGCAGUUUCUUCUUUCUUCUUCGUUCAUCCCCAAUUCAGAACCCUAGUUCUGCCCAAAUCUUCACUCUAAUUCUCCUUUGCUGUAAUUCCACUUAGGAGCAGUUUGUCGAGCAGCUGGAGUUAAGGUUUGGGGGUUUCAUCCGGUCUACCACAGUAAUUAGUUUUUGGGAGGCAUCGUCUGAGGAUACCCUAGUCACAGAGCCACUUGAGGAAUGCAUCGGGUGUAAAUUGGCUCUGGAAGAUGACGAAGAUGAUUCCUGGCUGCCAAAGGAUUCUGGUGAAUCAGUGCCUCAGAAAGAAUUGGAUGAAAGAAAUGAAGAAAAUGAUGGUGAUACGCUGGUAGAAACCGAGACUACUUCACCAGAGGAAGAAGAAAAGGAUGUCAAAUUACCUGCUGACUUCCCUGUUGAAACUUUGGAUGAAGGUAAUCUCUCCAUUUCUCCGAACAGAUUGGAGGUAGAGUUCGAAACUGGUAAUUGCAUGGUUUUUGAAAAGGUUAUUAAGGAAUCUGUCAGUAUGUUGAUUUUACAGGACACUGUUGCGAUUAAUUUUGAUGCCAGUCAUGAUGGAGAAAUGUUUUUUGAUGUUCUUGUUGGUUUAAAUGAAAUCAAUGGUGCAAAUGUUAAAUUAAUGAUUGAUUUAAAUCAUUUCCGGGAUAGAGGAGUUUGCCCUACCUCUUUUCAUGUUGAUCCGGUUGGUUUAGAACGUGCUAUUAAUAAUGACUCCGUCAGUUUGAAAAAGGACUCUGUAGUUGAUUGUUACUUUUAAGAUUUCAAGAGAAUGGAAUGGUACUCCUGUGGAUGUAACCUGUGUGAUUUAUAAGGAUGGUGCUAAAUUGAUGGCAUGUUUCAGAGGGGAACCAUGUUAGUUGAAAAUGCUGUUACAUGCCCUGUUAUGGAUAAUGUAGGUUUUAAUUCAAGUGUUCCUUGUUUGAUGGCUGAUGGAAAUGAAUAUCCUGUAGGUGUUGCUAUAGUAGAUGAGCUUGUGCAUUUUGACGAUGAGUGGUUGGCUGAUGAUUGGUUGUUACAUUGCAUGUUUAAAUUCUUUGAAAGUAGCUCUGGAUUGCCAUGUUGUGUUUCCGAGGGAAAUCAUCCAAGUAAUAUUGCUAUCGAACCCGGUGAUAUGAAGGAACCUAAUUUCAGUCAUAAUUACAAUGCCUCUAGCUCUGAAGCUACUAUAUUAGUAGAGGUUCAUAGAUGUUUGAAUUGGGUUGAAUCUACUACUUUUCAUGUUGAUCAUGGUGGAAUAUAAUGUGCUAUUGAUGUUUUUGUUUCGCCUAACUAUCCUGGUGAUACUUGUAUGAAUUCUGACGUUCAUAUGCUUCUGUUUCGUUAAGUGGUGAUUGUAAAAUUCUGGAUGUGGCAAAAAAUGAUGCUGGUUCGAGUCAUACUAUUGGUAUGCAUACAUGUUGGAAUGAGGAAAAUGAUAAUACGAUAGUUGCCUUGGAUAGCUUUGUUGGCACUGUUUUAAUUGAGUCAAACUGUGACUGUUUAGUGAUUGGGUUGGAUGGUUUUGCUGUUGUCGCUGUUAUUUUUCACCCUCUAGGCUUGAGGUCAAGCCUUACUUUAGCAGAGAAGAAUGUACGAGUGACACAUAAAGCUAUCCAAAUAUUAUUUUAAUGUAACUAGGAUUUUUAAAAUCCGACUUUGGUCAAAAUUUUAUUUUUGAAAAAAAUCUAAGUAUUUUUCUUAAAAAUAUUAUUUUUUAUUAGGUCAAGGUCGGAUUUUGAAAAUCCGAUCUUCUGUUAAUCAUGAUUAAUGUAAUUAAUUUUUUGUAUUAAAGGAAAGUCGGAUUUAGAGAAUCCGACUUAGGUGUAAAAUCGGAUUUCAGAAAUCCGAUCCGGUAUUUUUCUCUUCUCCAAAAUUCGACUUAUAUUUUUAUCUACUCCUAUUUUUAGGCCCUUUUUUUUGAUCAAAAACUCAAUUUCUUGGCCAAGCGCAUUUUGAAAACCUUGUCCAACCAAAGCCUGUAUUAGACUAUUAGUUGAGGUCUAGUUGAGUAAAACAAAAUUACAAUAAUUCUACAUAACUGAAAUUCAAGUCUAGAGUUCACUGAAUAACUAGUACCAAAGCACAAAUCUAAAUAGAUUGGUCUUAAAUAUACAAUAACCAAAAGUAAUAAAACCAUCCAUGGAGACACACAAGUGACAAUCUAGAAAUCCUUGUUGUCCACAAAAGGAGGCAUAAGACCACUAGAAUCGCUCCUCGGCUUUUAUCAGCUUUUAUCAUCAGACACCUCUUGCAAUUCAACUAAGUGAGCACGCGGACUAUCCAUACUAUGAGCCCGAGUUUUCUUCAACAGGCGCUUUCUACCCACGGAAGUGCGGGCUUUCUUGGUCCUAGGCUUUUCUUUGUAACAUAUACCUCUGCAGUAGCUACUCUUCCUUUUCAUACAACGAGCCUGAGCCUUGUUGGUGCUACUCCGGUCUUGCCACACUUGCCCAACUUCGCUCAAGUAUUCCUUUUGCAACUUUACUAUAUUAUCAUUUGCGACCACCCGUUGAACCCCCGUCCUUCCAACUUGGAAGACUUACAUGCAUACAGCAAAUAGAACACACUCAUCAGCAGGGGACGAGGUGGUAUGUAAUGCCCUUCAUCCUACUCUGAUAGGACACUUUGUUGAACAAAUUAGUAUAACAAAGUGAACUAUUAACAAUUGAACGCAGAGAGAGAAGAAACCAGAAUAAACUAUUCAAGUAUACAUUAACUGUGUAACAAUGAAAGUGGCAAGAUGGAAUCAGAAAUUUACCACUGACAAUAUCAUGACGUUUAUGCGCGUGAUAUACAGAAGCACAAAGUGUACGUCUGGCCAACUCCUUAGCUUCAUUCACGGACAUUUCCGUAUAUAGUCAGUUAUGAAGUGUGUUUUUUUCUUUGUUUAAUUGCUUUUGAUUUUGUUUCAUACUCCUAGUUGACCAAUUAUUAUUAUUAUUAUUAUUAUUAUUUUAUUUUAUUUACAAAUGAAGCGCUUUUUUUGUGUUCGGUCU